AUGUCUCAAGAAAAGCCAGUCAACAUUUCGAUCAACAGUCAGGGAGCUCCCGUGGAGGAAGAAAAGAAGGAAUCCACCACGGCUUCGGCACCUGCUUCAUCAGAUGCGUCUACUACCGUGGCAAAAAUGGAUACAGAACUAGAGCAGGAGCGUCAGGUAUUCACACAACUAUUCAGCACGAGGAAACCAAAAGAUGGGUGGGCUGGGCUUUCUUCAGGUCUGAAAUCAGUGGCCAAGGGUACAGCUGCUGGAAUGGCCAGUCUAGUUGCCCAACCAGUUGUAGGAGCUCAGCAACAUGGUUUUGGAGGUUUUCUGACGGGGUUGGCCACUGGUGUUGCAACGGCAGUCGCCCUUCCUAUGACAGGGCUAGGAGUCGGUAUGUAUCAAGUCGGUCGUGGACUUGUCAACUCGGCAGAAGCCAUCACCAGUUCCAAUCAAGGUAUGAUAUGGGAUGAAGAAAAGAGAGCAUGGUAUUAUUACAAAUUAGAUGACGAAGCGGAAAAAGUGGAAGAACUACUAAAGGAGCAGGCCAAGAAAAAGGGGGACAAUUCUGGAUCUUCCAGUAAUGGACCAGAACGCAAGGUCAAGGAUCGCGCAUAUUAUGAUUUGCUAGGAGUUUCAACAAAUGCUACUCAGGCGGAAAUAAAGAAACAAUAUUACGUGAAGGCACGCAAAUGCCAUCCAGAUAAGAAUCCCAACGACCCAACGGCAGCCAAUCGAUUUCAAGAACUUGGUCAUGCCUAUCAAGUGCUGUCGAAUGAACAAACACGAGCAGCUUAUGAUCGUGAUGGGCUCAAUGAUCAAAAUGACCAAAAACUGCAAAUGGCGGACAUUGAUCCGUAUGUAUUCUUUGCCGUCAUGUUUGGUUCCGAUGGGGUAACACCCUACAUUGGGGAGCUUUGGAUUGCCAACAAGGCGGAUACCGUAUUGAAGGAUUCCAAAAUGGCACACGAUCUGGCCCAAGCCAGUGCAGAAGAUGGUGCCCCAAAUAGUUCUUCUGAGGCUGACAUGGCACAACUGCAGCAGCGUGAAGAAAGAAUCAAACAAUUAUUGGAGGAGGAUCAGCUAGUCCAACGUAAACGGCAGGUCGUGUGUGCCAAGAACUUCCGAAAACGCAUUCAACCCUUUGUGGAUACUUAUCAGUCGGAAAACGUCGACUCACGCGAAGAAGAAGAGGCUUUUACUAGUGAGUUUACGCUGAUGGUGCAAGCUGAAGCGGCUGAAAUAUGUCAAACACCCUUUGGUCACGUCUUUUGCAAGACUAUUGGAAAAGCACUGCAACUGGAAGCCACAGAGUUCUUGGGGUUCGAGACCGCCUUGUUUGGAAACUGGGAUGCUCACUCGGCCGCGUGGGAGAAGCGUUCGGUCAACUUUCAUAAUAACUUGAGGGUGGUCGGUGCCGGUAUUUCUGCUGUCCGGGCGGGAAGCAAGGCCAUGAAGACCGUUGAAGAAUUCCAACAGCAGCAAAAGAAGGAAGAUAUGGGAAAUGCGACACGGGCAGCACAGACGGGAUUGGACCAAACGCAGCAAGCCAAGGACACGAUGGAACAAUUGGAAGACACACUGCCAGCCAUCUUGGAGCUGGCAUGGGCCAUUAAUGUUCGUGACAUUACCAGAACAUUGAAGGAAGUUUGCUUCAAACUAUUUCACGAUAGUUCGGUCGACCCCAAAGUGCGACAGAAGCGAGCUAUUGCCAUUCAAAUCAUGGGUCGCGAGUUCUUGAGCAUUGGUAUCAUUAGCGAAUCCACCAAGGGGAUGACUAGUCCAGACCAAGACGAAACAGGAAUCUCCAAAGAAGAAAUCAAGCUGAGAGCGGAGAUUGCCGCAAUGACAACUCUAGCGAAGGCGCAAGGGCAAGAAAUCAGUGAAAAGGAUGCAGAGUACAUGAUCAAACAACAACGAAUUAUGAAGCAGCAACAGCAAGCGCAGCAGCAACAAGCACAACAGGCACAACAACAACGGCCGAAAGGUGGCGAACCAGAGGUCAUGCAUGCGUAA